UGGUGGUAGGCUGGUAGCAGCCAAACCCAAAAGACACAAAGCCAGAAUAGAGCUGUGUAGGAGUGGAGAGAGUGGGGUUUUGGUCUCUCCAUUUGCUGGGUUCGUCUCCAACAACAGACCACCAUGAGGAACCUCCUGCUGAAGCGGUUCGCUGAUGCCUCCUUCGCUCUAUCUUCCAGAUCCUCCACUUCCCCCAUUCCUGCACUCGCUUCCUCUCUACCCUUCUCCCUCUCUUCACGACGCAAUGCAGUUUCAGCCCCAAUGGUCGAGGAGGAAGCUGAAACAGUUUUGUUCCCCAGGGAGGGUCCUGGAGUUUCCUAUGGUCUCAAUUGGGCUUUGGCUGGAAAAGGUGUAAUUGUCAAAGAUAAAGCUUUUCGAAACUUGAAAUCCUCUGAACUACAGCAGAAAGGUGCAACCAUUGCAGACGCUUUAUCAGGACUAUCGGUUCAUGUUAGAGGAAAUGUACCUGGAGGUGCAGCAGAAAUCUCCAAGGCCCAAUAUAGUAAACUUUUGAAACAGGUCACAAGUCACAUAUCAACUGUCUCAAAUAUUUUUGUCCAUGAUGGGGCUAUUGGUUCAUUCCCAAAAUGUGAUGCGAAAGUUCGUGUGAUAAGUGAUUGUCCCUCUGCUGUAUUAUCAUUAUCAAAUUUUCUCUGGAGAACUCCAACUCGUGCAGUAUCCCAUGAUUCUUGUCCUCUAACUGUUUAUGUUGCUGCAUCUAUAAGUCCAAAUGCUGGGGAUGUCAUUGGUCUUAAAGUUCAAGGGAAUAAUGGAUUUAUUGCUGUGGAUAUUGAGCGCUCAUCACUCAUUUUAUGUGGUAAAGCUUUCUGUGAUACAAAUGGAACAAAAGAAGCACUAGCUGCCUUGUCUGAACCUAUUAUUUCUGCACGGGGAGGGAUUCCUUUAUCUGCAAGGCUUCUCGUCUCUGGUGAUUCUGUGAUUCUUUUAUUUGCACCGGAAGAUAUAAUUCAGAGCUGUUCAGAUUCAUUGGUAUCUGCAGAUGCAGGAGUGGUUCUUACUCCACAAGGUGUCGCCCCAUUUUUUCACACGGGGGAUUCCACAUCUCCAAAUUUAUUCAAGUUACCAGCUGCUGUUAUUCUCGCAACUUCUGAUAGUUCAGGAGUUGUCCCUUCUGCUUCAAAGCUGUCUGCUGGCCAAGCAGCUUAUCACUUUUUGGCUGGCUAUCAGGAUGGGAAGUUUGUUCCUGCAUACAGUAAGGGUUCUUCCAUCGACUCAUUGGAGCUUGCAAAAGCUCUUCUAUCCAAGUUGAAAGACAACCAAAUCUCAUCUUUCCUAGUUAAUGUCAAUGAAGCAGAAAAACGUGUGACUGGCAAUGAUUUUGUUAAAUUGGUGCAAUCAACUCUAUCCCAAAACCUUUCCCCAUUCAAACCUAAAGGUAGCUUCAUAAUUUUUUUACCUGCACCAAUCUUUUCAGUAUCGCUUAUGGACAUUACGAUGUCUUUGCAGGCGGAGAUCUCCAAGGAAAGAUCAAGAGCUUUUUAUUUGGCAAGUUUCAAGAAUUACCCGAGGAACUAUCAUUUUGAGAUCUCUUUUGUUAUUGCAACUCUUUUUUACGUUUCCAUGGUAACAAUGUUCUUACUGAUUUUUAUUUUUGGGUUUUCCCCCCCUCCCCAAAUGCAUCUCAAUAUUUGUAAAAUUUUUGCUUCCUAAUGGUAUGUCUGGAGGGUGUACUAUAAAAGGUAAUAAAAUAUACUGUUGCUCUUUACUUAUUUAA